GUUGCUAUUGGACGCAAACUCGGAAAGAUUAAUCGGUGUUCAAGAGAACGGGGUUCCUGUAACAGAUAAACAAAAUGGGGAAGCGCCAACAUCAAAAAGAUAAAAUGUACAUCACUUGUACAGAAUACACACACUUCUAUGGAGGAAAGAGACCAGAUAUCCCAAAAGCAAAUUUCAGACGCCUGCCAUUUGAUCACUGCAGUUUGUCUUUACAGCCCUUUGAAUAUCCAGUUUGCACACCGGAUGGAAUAGUCUUUGAUCUUUUGAGCAUUGUUCCUUGGAUAAAGAAGUAUGGCACCAACCCAAUCACAGGAGAGAAGCUUGAGGCUAAGUCCCUUAUAAAACUGAAUUUUGCCAAGAACCAAGAUGGAAAGUAUCACUGUCCUGUGCUCUUUUCUGUUUUCACCAAGAACUCACAUAUUGUGGCUGUGAGCAAAACUGGAAAUGUCUUUUCUAAUGAGGCUGUUGAGCAAUUGAACAUUAAACCAAAAAGCUACAAGGACCUUCUCACUGAUGAACCUUUCACUCGCCAGGACAUAAUAACUCUCCAGGACCCCAGCCAGCUGGACAAAUUCAAUGUCUCAAAUUUCUACCAUGUAAAGAACAAUUUGAAAGUAACAGACCCAGAUGAAGAAAAGGCACGUCAGGACCCAUCAUAUUACCUGAAAAAUGCAAACAUGGAAACCCGAGAGACACUGAGUGAGCUUUACAGAGACUUUAAAGGGGAUGCAAUGUUGGCAGCUACUAUGAAAGGCCCGGAGAAAAAAACAACAGAUAAACUAAAUGCAGCACAUUAUUCCACAGGAGCUGUGAGUGCAUCCUUCACCUCUACAGCAAUGACUCCUGAAACGACCCAUGAAGCCGCUGCCAUAGCUGAAGACACUGUCCGUUAUCAGUAUGUAAAGAAGAAAGGUUAUGUUCGCUUACACACAAAUAAAGGUGACCUCAACUUGGAGUUGUAUUGUGACAAGACUCCCAAGACAUGUGAGAAUUUUAUCAAGUUGUGCAAAAAGAAUUAUUAUGAUGGUACAAUCUUUCACCGAUCCAUCCGUAACUUUGUGAUACAAGGAGGGGAUCCCACAGGCACAGGAACAGGAGGGGAGUCGUUUUGGGGGAAACCCUUCAAAGACGAAAUUAAACCCAACUUAUCACACACAGGAAGAGGAGUUCUUAGCAUGGCUAACACUGGACCCAACACGAACAAAUCCCAGUUUUUCAUCACUUUCCGAUCUUGUACAUAUCUAGAUAAGAAGCACACAGUGUUUGGCAGAGUGGUUGGGGGAUUUGACACUGUAUCUGCUAUGGAGAAAGUGGACACAGAUCAUAAAACUGACCGUCCUAAGGAGGAGAUUCGCAUAGAGUGUACUACAGUGUUUGUGGAUCCCUAUGAGGAGGCUGAUGCUCAGGUGGCUGCCGAAAGGGAAAAGACACAGAAAGCAGAAGAAGAAGAAAGAAUUAAGGCACAAGCUCUGCUGCCAAAAAAGGAAAAGAGACAGGAACCAAAAACAUACAGGACAGGAGUUGGGAAGUAUAUUAACAUGGCAGCAACUAAACGUUCUGCUGAAGAUGAUGAAGCAGGUCCAUCUACUAGCAAAAAGGAAAGAGUGACCCGUGACUUUAAAGAUUUUAGCUCCUGGUAGGGGCAUAACUGCUUCAUAUUUGCUAUACAUGUGCUUUUGGACCUAAACUGACCUCUCUGUCUAAUUGUAGUUCAGCCUUCUAAUAGUUGAACUUAUUUUGGGGAAAUUUGUGUCUGAAGAUCCUUUGGGGAGCCUACACUGCAAUUAUAUCAUGGUGGUGGCUAAAGAGAAGACUGCGUUUUUUUGGGAUAGAGAAGACAAAAACAAUAAAGAGCAGCUUUAAUAAGCGAUUCGGCAUUUUCAGAAACAGCUGGGAACAAAAAUGAGAAAUUUUAGGGCAAAUGAUUUAUGAAGGAGCCAGUGCAAUAAUGGCAGAGGCAACAAGGUUAAACAGUGAUAGAAAAGAACAGACCAUAAGGGGUAACUGGCCAUAAUAAUAUAGAGAUCACCAGGGGUAGUCAGUCAUUGAAUGGCAAACACAACUUACCAGUCAUAGCAAGGAAGUGACCCGACAUGGAUUAAUAUAAGCUGUGGAAAAAAAAUGACAAUUGAAUUUAGAAGGUCACAAGAAGAAUAGCCGCCUUUGCCCGGGCCUGUAAAAAAAAUGGAUACGCAAUAGCAACAUCUGUUUAAAUUUCUAAAAGAUUUAGAAACUUGACCAGUUUGAUCAGCUGCUCACACAUGAGGUGUUGGGAAUUUUUUUAAAGGUUUGCAAGUCUGAUAUUACUAAACAUAUAAAGAAUUGUAAGCAACAACAUUAAAACUAUGUCUGAUGUUUUGAAAA